AUGGACGCAUAUUCUCGGUUUGGUAGUAUUUGCUCCAGGAGGUCUUGCUCUUUUCAUGCGUUCCCAAGAAUCAACGACACUCAGCUCAGUUCCAAUGUCGUGGGAGACGAGUUCGUUCUCGGGUUCGCAUUCUUCGUCCCGGUGCUGUGCUUCGGGUUCAGUACCCCAUUCCACCUGCUCAGAAGCCAUUCCUAUCAUGUACAACACUUCUGGGGCAAGGUGGACGUCCUCAGCAUAUGCAUCCUGGCUAUCGGCAGCGCGACAUCAGCUACCUAUGUUGCGGUCUACUGCAACGAGACAAUGCGACAUGUCUACUGGGCUAUCAAUGUGGUGGCUGGGACUGCUGCCGGCGUCACUUUCUUCGACACGGGUGGAGGGGGGCAGCAAGAGGCGAGCUCGAUGGGCUAG